AUGGCGAUUCUGUUUUCGUGGUCAGUUAAACAUGGAAUUCAGGAGGAGCCACGUAGUUAUGCCCAGGACUGUGGGAGCAAAGCCCCAAAACAAGGAGGAGGAGGGAAAGGCUGUAAAGGGGCCUCCCACUACGGCCUGACCAAAGACAGGAAGAGGCGCCCCCAGGACGGAUGUCCAGACAGCUGCACCAGCCUCCCGGCUACUGCUCCCUCUACUGCAGCAGCCUACAUCUCCCCAAGGGAGGCCCACGAGCCUGGCCAGGACAACCCUGCCUACGUGUCCACAGUAGAGGACAGCCCCUCAGCCGGCAGCCCGCCGGACGCUGGCCAGAGUGACCGAGCCAGGGCACGACCCUUUGAGCGAUCCACUCUCAGAAGCAGAUCUUUCAAGAGGAUCAACCGAGCCCUCAGUGUUCUCCGGAGGACAAAGAGUGGAAGUGCAGUCACCAGCCCAGUGGACCAGGGCAGGGAACAUUCCGGAAAUCCCACCCCUGAAGUCUUCCCAAGGCUGUAUCACCUGAUCCCAGACGGCGAAGUCACCAGCAUCACCAUCUCUCGCCAGGAACCCAGCGAAAGCCUCUCCAUCAGGCUGGUGGGGGGCAGCGAGACCCCCCUGGUCCACAUCAUCAUCCAACACAUCUACCGUGACGGGGUGAUCGCCAGGGAUGGCCGGCUGCUGCCAGGAGACAUCAUCCUAAAGGUCAACGGGCUGGACAUCAGUGGUGUCCCACACCGCCACGCCCUGCGCCUCCUGCGGCAGCCGUGCCGGGCUCUGCGGCUGACUGUGCUGCGCGAGCAGAGACAGAGAGGCCGAGCAGCCCCUGAUCCACAUGGACCCCGUGACCGCAGCUUUCACGUGGUCCUCCACAAGAGCAGCGCGGAUGAACAGCUGGGAAUCAAGUUGGUGCGCAGGGCAGCCGAGCCUGGGGUGUUCAUCUUCAGUGUGCUCAGCGGUGGUGUGGCUGACCGCCAUGGGCAGCUGGGGGAGGACGACCGCGUUCUGGCCAUCAACGGGCACGACCUCCGGCAUGGCAGCCCAGAGAGCGCAGCACAUCUGAUCCAGGCCAGUGACAGAUGUGUCCACCUCAUCGUGUCCCGCCCGGCUCGACAGCAGAUCCAUGACGUCUCUCCGGAAGCUAGCUGGACCCAUGGCAGCCCAUCCCCGGAGCCAGGGCAGAGGAGCAGCACUCCAGAGCCCCUCCACCCUGCAGUUACUUGUCUUGAGAAGGUGGUAACUGUCCGGAAAGACCCCAACGAAUCUCUCGGCAUGACCGUUGCAGGGGGAGCAUCACACGGGGAAUGGGAUUUGCCCAUCUAUGUCAUCAGUGUUGAGCCUGGCGGAGUCAUAAGCAGAGAUGGACGGAUAAAAACAGGUGACAUCUUACUGAGCGUGAAUGGGGUUGAACUGGCCGAGGUCAGCCGGAGCGAGGCCGUGGCCCUACUGAAGAGUGCAAGCUCCUCGGUGGUUCUCAGAGCCCUGGAAGUCAAGGAGCACAUGUCCCAGGAGGACAGCAACAGCCAAGCCCUGAAUGCCAGCCCUGAUGCAGCCCUGUCCAGCGACUGGGGCCCGUCCUGGGUCACAUGGCUAGAGCUUCCCCGGUUCCUGUGUAAUUGUAAAGAUGUUACAUUACGAAGAAACACAGCUGGGAGCCUGGGCUUCUGCAUCGUAGGAGGUUAUGAAGAAUACAGUGGGAACAAGCCUUUUUUCAUCAAAUCUAUCGUUGAAGGAACUCCAGCAUACAACGAUGGGAGAAUCAGGUGUGGUGACAUCCUCCUUGCAGUCAAUGGCAGAAGUACUGCAGGAAUGACACACGCUUGCCUGGCAAGGAUGCUGAAAGAACUUAAAGGAAGAAUUACUCUCACGAUUGUCUCCUGGCCCGGCACCUUUUUAUAGAACUGAUGACGGAUUCAAGAAAACCAGAAAAAUCACAAAUAGGCUAAGUCAAAACAACAUAUUUAUCUCAAUUUUUUAAUAUAUUAUAAAAACGUCAGGAAAAGUAUGAUCUAAUGAAAGCCAGUUGCGCAGCAGAAAACUGAAAAAAUAAAGACUACUAAUAGGUUUUAUUAGUGUGGAUUUCUUGUGACUCCACAGCUUUGAGUUUAUAUUUUUCUAUUCAAUAAAGCACCCUUACACAGCUACAA